GGGAGUGCGGGCCGGGGUUGGCCCCCAAGAGUACGAGGCGCGGGGGCAGCAGGUCUGCGAGUGGAAGUGUCGUGGCGGCGCACUUGCAGCAAGAAUCGGGAGGAGCAGGAGACCGUGAGGAUAGGCCCAGGAGCAGUGGCGUCCAAAGAGGAACAAGCAGUAAAAAAUCUCUACAUGGAAAAUGCCAACCAGGAGAAUGAAAACACUGAUGAAAAGGGGCAAGAUGCUAAUAAAGGAGAGCCUUUCGCCCUCCCUUUGGAAGCUGGUGAAUAUUGUGUACCUAGAGGAAAUCGUAGGAGGUUCCGUGUUAGGCAGCCCAUCCUGCAGUAUAGAUGGGACAUGACUCAGAGGCUUGAAGAGCCACAGGCAAGGAUGAGAGAAGAGAAUAUGGAAAGGGUUGGGGAGGAGGUGAGGCAGCUGAUGGAAAAGCUGAGGGAAAAGCAGUUGAGUCAUAGUCUGCAGGCAGUUAGUACUGACCCCCCUCACCGUGACCAUCAUGAUGAGUUGAGCCUUAUGCCUUGAAGCCUGAUGUUUUCCCUGAAGUUAGUAGGGAGACACACCUGCUUCCUAAACUUCCAUGUUUGUGAGGUACCUUUG